GGAGCGUGCCGACGCAUCCCGACUCGUCCGUCCUGCCGGACUGCUGGAGGCGGCCGCAGCGCCAUGUUGAGCGAAACCUCGUUUCUCCGCCGAAAAGGAACUUUCACAAUAACAUUUCGCCGGCUGUGAAUAUAUAGAAAAAAAAAGCAGAAGAGGUCGGCGACGUUCAGCCCCUCUGGAUAGCAGAGUCGAGCCAGACCCUUGGAAAAGCCCCCUCGCCGGGGAAGAAGGGGGACGACGACCCCCAGCCGUACCAUGAAGACUGAACCCCAAUAAACGGAGUUAGCUAGCUAGCUAACUAGCUAGCUUCUCGUGCAGUGAAACGGGAAUUCUCCUCGCGCCCCGGCUCGCCACCGCGAGCUCGCAGGGCCUACGGUCCGGCACGAGCCGCCGCUCUAGUCUUACAUUGUAGCUCGCUCGCUAGCUAGCUAGUAAGUUAGCUAGCUAACCUUAUGCGUUAUUAUUCUCGUCUGUGGUAGAAUUAGUUAGCUUUUUUUCCUUAAAGUUUAUUAUAGGUGAAUUUCCUUUAAAUUUUUGUUGCAAUGAGUUUACCGCCGAAAGCGGUACCGAAACCAGCUGCCGCCGUGGGAAGUGGACCGGGAGCCGGGCCGUCGCCGCCGAGCCUGCUGCGGCCCCCCCUGCCGUUGGCGGGAGUACCGGUCACCCAGCAGCCGCCCAGCGUGCCGCCGCCACCACCGCAAAUUGCUCGAGUGCAGCCGCCAUUGGAGGAGCGCUUGUACCCCCCGCAGCCUGGAGUGGCUGCCGUCUACAGCGUGCCGCGGCCUGCUGGCCCUCCAUACACAGCGCAUGACAUCGCCAAGGGACACCCUAACCUAGCUGGCACGCCCCCUGGCCAUGCAUCCUCUCCAGGACUCUCUCAGUCUCCGUAUCCCUCCGGGCAGAAUGCUGGCGCCACCCCACUGGUGUAUUCCCCUCCAACACAGCCAAUGAACACGCAGCCUCCGAGUCGCCCGUUUGCAACAGGACCUCGGCCUACCCAUCACCAGGGAGGAUUCAGACCCAUUCAGUUUUUCCAGAGGCCACAGAUGCAGCCUGCACGGCCAGCCAUUCCCAGCAACAGUCCCUCCAUCCGGCCCGGCUCACAGACUCCAACGGCAGCCGUGUAUCCCCCCAACCAGCCCAUCAUGAUGACCAUGACUCCCAUGCCUUUCCCCUCACCACAAACUGCCCAGUACUACAUCCCACAGUAUCGACCCACACCCCCCUAUGUGGGACCCCCUCAGCAGUAUCCUGUACAGCCCCAGGCACCCAGCACAUUCUAUCAUGGCCCUGGACCUGGGGAUUUCCCUGCUCAUUACUCGGGACCUCCUUACUAUGCUGGUCAGACAGUGUACACCCCCUCCCCACCCAUCAUAGUGCCUACUCCACAGCAACCUCCACCUGCCAAGAGAGAGAAAAAACCAAUCCGUAUACGAGACCCCAACCGGGGCGGCAAGGACAUCACAGAGGAGAUUAUGUCAGGGGGGUCUGGGAGCCGAAACUCAACUCCUCCUGCAGGGAGGCCCCCCUCCACCCCAACCCCACCACAGUUUUUAUGUUCGCACCCUCAUUAUCCUCACAUUUUCUACCUCAAAUCCCAGCAGCUGAGCAGCCAGGCUCCGGACCAUGGGCCCGGUGUAUUCAGCGUGGACAGCACCCAGCCCAUCACUUCAGCUGUUGACUUGAAGUCAGAUGACAAGCCAAAAGCAGAGCCCACAGUUCAUAAGUCCUCAUCGCCGCUGCUCAGACCAGUGGAUCCCCCUAGUGAAAAGAGGGACACCAGUAGCCCUGUGGCAGACUCCCCUCCACCAGAAAGACCAGAGCUUCCCACUGCAAUGCCUGUGGUCAUCCCUGCCAUGACUGCUGCUUCUGCUGUCAGCCAUAGUCGGCCCACACUGCCUGGGCAACCAGCUGGAUCACUUCCCUCAACAGAAGAAAUUUCAUCUGCACCUUCGGCUCCCUCUGAGCCUGAAGGUGGUGAGGUGGAGAAGCUCCUUCCUGAGCUUCCCCUGGCAUCCUCAUGUUCUUUCCAGGUCGUCAGUGUCAUGAAUGGGCUGAGCGACAAAGAGGCCAGCAUGCUUGCCAGUGACCAGGAUUCCCAGAGCCCUGAGCCUCCCCAGGACCAUCCUCUGCCCUCAACCCCAACCCCUGGUGCCAGGACAGACCCACAAGAGUCUGCUUGCACUGAGAUCUGUACUGAAGACCCCCCCACACCCUAUGUAGCUGCUGGUGUGGUCCCUGCUUUGGCCACCAGCUUGACAGCUCCCCUGCCUCCACCAAGCCUGCAGGCCCCAAUCCAAGCAGCUACAACUAGUGUUGUCACAGAAACAAAGGAGCCAGAUCCUGCACUCAUUGAGAAAUCAGAAACUGAGCAGCUGUACUCCAAGAAAAGCACCGCUAUAGCCCAACCAGCUCAGUCUGCACCAAAGACUUGGAACAAGCCAAGAGAAGUUCCCCCAGUGGCCGAUGUGCUGGAAAAGGACAAAGACAGCAGCAGGGAGGAGGCAUCCAAAGAGGAAGCCUUGGAGGAGGAGUCUGAAGCAGAAGCUCCUCAGGUUGAGCACCCGGAGGAAAAUGGGGAGCGCGAUGCAGAACCAUUGGGGAAUGGGGCCGAGCAUGCCUCGGAGACGGAGAGCAACGACAGCGGUGUGACUUCAGGGGACCGGGACCACACCGCAGGGUCUACAGAUCUCUUCCCAGAGGACUCUGCAGAGAUGGACGGGAAGAGCGAUUUUGCACCUGCCCUUUCAGAGUCCGUGGAGAUUGAUGAUAAGGGGCAGAUCAGCAGAGAUGUUGUCCUGAACCCCGUAGAACCUUUGGAGGUGGAUGACAAGAGGCAGUUCGACAGCGACUUUGCCCCUACCCCCUCAGAGCCUGUGGAGAUAGAUGGGAAGAGGCAGUAUGAUAGGGAAUUCCUUCUUGGCUUUCAGUUCAUGCCUGCCUGUGUGAAGAAACCUGAAGGACUGCCCCCCAUCUCUGAUGUGGUGCUAGAUAAGAUCAACCAAAGCAAGCUGCCUUCACGGCCAGCUGACUUGCGUGUAAUGUCACGAGGCCCUGACUUCACCCCAGCCUUUGCCGAAUUCGGCAGGUCAAUCCCUGGAGGCCGAGGAGCUCCACUGAUAAACGUGAAUCUUCGGCGGCCUCCGCCUCGCAAGAUAAUCACGAAUGUCUCUGUGAACGAUGAAGUCCAGCUGAAAAAAUCAGAGAAUGCCUGGAAGCCUGGCAUGAAGAGGGAUGGCUCAGUCGAAGACCUCGAGGCCCACAGAACACAGGAGCUCUUCCGCAAGGUGCGCAGCAUCCUCAACAAGCUUACACCUCAGAUGUUCAACCAGCUGAUGAAGCAGGUGACAGACCUGACCAUUGACACCGAAGAGAGGCUCAAAGGUGUCAUCGACCUGGUAUUCGAGAAGGCCAUUGAUGAGCCCAGCUUCUCAGUGGCCUACGGCAACAUGUGUCGCUGCCUCGCCACGCUCAAAGUGCCAAUGGCAGACAAGCCCAGUAGCAGCGUGAACUUCCGCAAGCUGCUACUCAACCGCUGCCAGAAGGAAUUUGAGAAGGACAAAAUGGAUGAUGAUGUUUUUGAGAGGAAGCAGAAGGAACUUGAGUCAUCCACCUCUAGCAGCGAACGGGAGCGGCUGCAGGAGGAAUUGGAGGAAGCCAAGGACAAGGCCCGUCGGCGCUCUAUCGGCAACAUCAAGUUCAUCGGUGAGCUGUUCAAGCUCAAAAUGUUGACGGAGGCUAUUAUGCACGACUGUGUUGUCAAGCUGCUCAAGAACCAUGAUGAGGAGUCCCUGGAGUGCCUUUGUCGGCUGCUCACAACCAUCGGCAAGGACCUGGACUUUGAGAAGGCCAAGCCUCGCAUGGACCAGUACUUCAAUCAGAUGGAGAAGAUAGUGAAGGAGAGGAAGACAUCAUCACGGAUCCGUUUCAUGUUGCAGGACGUCAUUGAUCUCAGACUGAACAACUGGGUAUCUCGAAGAGCAGACCAGGGCCCCAAAACUAUUGAGCAGAUCCACAAGGAGGCCAAGAUUGAGGAGCAGGAAGAGCAGCGGAAGGUCCACCAGCAACUGUUGUCUAAGGACAACAAGAGGAGACCCGUGGCCCAGAGAGAUGAUACCUGGAAUACUGUUCCUGUAACCAAAAACAGCAGGGCAAUAGACCCCACUAAGAUCCCGAAGAUCUCCAAGCCAACGAUAGACGAGAAGAUCCAGCUAGGGCCACGAGCUCAGCUCAGCUGGGUGAAGGGCAGCAGCGGUGGUGCUGGGGCGAAGGCCAGUGAGCCAGACUCAUCACGCUCCGGUGCCAGCAGCCUAAACCGCUUCUCUCUGCUUCAGUCUUCUGUGUCCCAGUCCAGUGCUCCAACGUCCAUGCCCUCUGACCUGGAUUCCCGGAGAUGCCUGAGCAGCAGCCGUGGUCCAGGACGUGAACGCAAUGACAAGCCAGCCAGCAGUGUGCCGUCUAGGGCAGGCCCCUUUACGCGGUCCAGCACUGGACCAAGGGAGGUGACAGAGAGCCAAACUCCAGAGGAGCCGUGCAGGGAGCCAGUUGGCACCCUGAGGCAGCCUUCCUCUGCUGGGGAGAAGGCCGAUGUGGACAGCAGUAAAGCCAGGGAACCAGGGAAACCAGAGCCUCCUCAAGACAAGGCCCUCCUCUCAGAGGAGGACAUGGAAAGAAGAUGCCGGUCCAUCAUUGAUGAGUUCCUGCACAUCAAUGAUUACAAGGAAGCCGUGCAGUGUGUAGUGGAGCUUGACCAGGGCCCCCAGCUGCAGGUGUUUGUGCGGAUAGGUGUGGAGUCGACCCUGGAGCGCAGCCACAUUACCCGAGAUCACAUGGGGCAGCUUUUCUUCCAGCUGGUGCAGACAGGAAUUCUCCCCAAGGCGCAGUUCUUCAAAGGGUUUGCCGAAAUCCUGGAAGUGGCAGACGACAUGGCAAUCGAUGUCCCCCAUAUCUGGCUGUACCUGGCCGAGCUGCUCAAUCCCAUGUUCCGAGAAGGAGGAAUUUCCUUAAAGGAAUUGUUUAUUGAAUUUAGCAAAUAUUUACUUCCUGUGGGAAGAGCUGGGAUAUUAUUUUCUGAAAUACUGCACCUACUAUGCAAACAAAUGAGCCAUAAGAAGGUGGGGGCCUUAUGGAGGGACUCUGACCUAAGGUGGGCUGAUCUACUACCUGAGGGGGAAGACAUGUCCUCUUUCAUCUCUGAACAGAAACUAGAGUUCACAAUUUCGGACUGCUCAAGUCCAACGGAAGUGCAUUCAAAGAGGGAACUUUCCCCUGAGGAGCUGAACCAGCAACUUGAGAAGUUGCUAAUUGAAGAUGUGGCUGGAGAUGAACAGAUAUUUGACUGGGUAGAGGCCCAUUUAGAUGAAUCUCAGAUGAGUUCACCUCCAUUCCUUAGAGCUUUAAUGACUGCAGUGUGCAAAGCUGCAGUAAAAGGUGAAAGCACGUCCUGCAAAGUGGACACUGCUACUAUCCAGAAGAGAUUGCCUGUAUUACUCAAGUACCUUAACUCAGAUACCGAACGGCAAUUGCAAGCACUUUAUGCACUUCAAGCAUUGAUAGUUAAACUUGAUCAACCUCCCAAUUUGCUCCGGAUGUUCUUCGACUGUCUAUAUGAUGAGGACGUCAUAUCAGAGGACGCCUUCUACAAGUGGGAAGCCAGCAAGGACCCCGCAGAGCAGCUGGGCAAAGGAGUGGCUCUAAAGUCCGUCACUGCCUUCUUCACCUGGCUGAGAGAGGCAGAGGAGGAGUCCGAGGACAAUUGACGAAAGCGGAAACAAAGGACAUCUUGAGCCAUGGAUACAGAAGCCUUUCCAGUCAUCAUUGAAAAACAGCGAUUGCAACUCCGGAACAAAAAUAUGCACAGAUUGGAGGAGUCCGCCAUUGCUCUGAAUCUCAUGGUACGGUUCUGUGACAUGCGGAAACCUGCAUUUGGAUGGCAACGUUUGGAGCACCAUAUACGUGUAUUAUUUAUAGAGAAUAUUUCAUUUAAAAUUUUAAAAACUUUUCUUUUGUUACUUUUUAAGAAAAGACUUUAAAAUACAAUUUUCGUGCAUCAAAGAUAAAACACAUAGAUUCUGAACUUUAAUUUAUUAUUUUUUUAAGGACUGCAAGUAAGGAACUUCAACUUUUGCAGAUGCUCAAAAUACGGGCAACUUGAUGAUAGGAAUAUUGUUAAUUAGAAUAAUGAGAAUUGUGAAGCGAAUGGCUUCCCUGAAUUCUGAACGCUUCAUUUAGUAAAAAACAAAUUUUUUUUUUUUUUUUUUCUUUUGGGAAGGAGGGAGAGCAGGAGUAUAUGGAGGACAUCAGAGGUUAGCAGUUGUCACUGAGUAACCAAAAGAACAGCUGCUUCAGCUUACACCUGCUCUUUGUGAAACAUGUAUAAUCCUCCACAUGGGGGGGGGGGGUGGGUAUGCAUUUGGGAAAUAAUGCGUUGUACAAAACAAUCUCAAAUGAACAACGAUGAAACAAUGCAUUACUUCAAAACAUGUACAGCAACUUAGGAAGAAAGAAGCAAACACUAUCACAUAAGGUUGCUGAGCCUAAAGUGCUUUUUGGUCCUCAGACUUAAAGCAAAUUCAAAACUUGUAAAUACAUUAAAGAGGAAAAAAAAGUCAAGGAUUUAGUGGUGUGCAUUUCAUUCUGCAACAAAGCUAUCAACUAUUCCCUUAGGUUCUGUUUUCGUUGAGACAGUGAUGGAUAGGCCACAAAGGUCUUGGUCUUAGAAAAGAGUGACAGCAACACACUGAAAAAUGAGUUGGUUGUGUUUAAUGAAUUGUUGGAUUAAUUUCCAAAUGGAAGUUUGCAUAACCAUUUUUUUCUGGAUUUAUUGGUAGCAUAUUCUUGUGUGCUUCAGUUACUUGUAGCCAUGAACAAGUCGAUAUGCAGCAAGUUUUGUGAUAGCUUUCGUUGCGUGUCAACAGGGCUGUUUGCUGGGACAGUACGACAGUAACCAGCUUCUGUUUAAAUAACCGCCGUUAAUCCUGGUUGGAAAGCCACAAACCGCACAGCGUGACCAAACUUGGAAUUUCAGCUACUAAAACUUCCCAAAAACUAUUUUGAAUUCUACUAGUGGAGGGGAAGCAAAUAAUUAAAUGGUAUGUCAGUUUAUUGAAUAGUUGCCCUUUUCUAAUCCAUUUCUCUGCAGGAUGCAUCUCCCCUUUUUACACACUUUCCUGUAUUUCUAAUACUGAAUAGAUUCUGGGAAAUGUACAUUCAUUUUGUCAGGUAUCAGUAGGAAGACUGUCAGUAACAAAGCUAUAUUACUGCAAUACUUUGAGCAUAAAACAUGAAGUCCUGGAGUUUAUGGUGAAUGAGUGCCCUCAUGGUCAAGAUUAUCAAAAAAUGUUUCUGAACAAGUAGCAGUUAUAGGUGCAAGUUGUUUGAAGCAGGAGCUUGGGCUAAUUCUGCAGGCACAACCUGUCUUGCUUUGUCCACCCUGGAAAUACUGCUUUUGCAUGCAUUAACUGCACCCUGAAGGAUCCUCCUGUUACUUGUGUUAAUACAGUGGCUUACUCACUGAUGUUUCAAGAUGGUUAAGGAUGUGAACCUGUAAUUUAAAGGGUGCCUGCAUAGGUUCUUAACUCUAAAUGGGAAUAAACUGACAAGAGAAAAAUACAUCUGGAACCAGAGACGAGACCUAAAUGGAAGUGCGGCACAUCCUGGUGAGUCCACUGGUUUCUAUUUUUACAGUUAUAGACUUAAGUGGAUGACUUUCCCUCUACAGCCACUUAGCUUUGUGUUAAUCUCCAGGUGUGAAAGAACCCUUUUUCAGGUGACAGCACAUUUCUCCUGAGCCCAGCAGCAUAGGUCCCCCUACAGGUUGAGAACUUUCAAGCAAACUAAGUAACAGAGAUAUAUACAUCUCCUCUUCCAAACACUGACUGGGAACCAUUUUUAGGUAUUUGGCAAACAGUUUUAUUCUGUUAGUUAAUCAUAUAAACGAAAGUUCAAUAAAAAUAUAUUACAAUUGUAGGAAACCUCAUGAAGAUGGAAUGAACCAGUUCAGACCUUGCAUUUUUUUUUUUUUUUUUUUUU